AUCCCGCUAUUAAACUCGUUCCCCUCCCAACAACCCGCAGAGCGCAGGCAGGCACGCAUCUUCUAACCCCGCCCUCUGCCGCCGCUGCUGGCUUUCCUUCCUGCGGGCGAGGAUCAUCCCUGAUCCCAACGGGGCUCGCUCCCCGCCUCCUCCCUGCCUGGAGGUGAAAUAAGCAAAUAUUUUCCUGACGUCAAGUUUGCUACAGACUGGCCUUUCCUUGGCUGAAUCGGCACACACUACCAACAUGGAAACAUACACCACAGAUGAUGCGCUUACAGCCAUGGGAUUUGGAAAAUUGCAAGGACUUGUUCUUGUUUAUGCAGGCAUGGGUUGGGUUGCAGAAGCCAUGGAGGUCAUGCUACUGUCCUUUGUUGGACCAUUGAUUCGGGAGGAAUGGAAAAUCUCUGCCCAAGAUGAGAGUUUACUCUCAAGUGUAGUGUUUUUGGGCAUGUUAAUUGGAGCAUGUGGUUGGGGAUACGUGUCUGACAAAUAUGGGCGAAGGACUGGUUUACUGCUUUCAACUCUGUUUACUACUGGAAUGGGUUUCCUAAGUGCUUUGUCUCCAAACUAUUUAUGUUUGAUGGCUCUUCGCUUUCUCGUUGGCGUAGGAUUGGGUGGCAGCCAUGUGUAUUCAUCUUGGUUUUUGGAGUUUGUUCCUGCGCAAAAUCGUGGCUUUUGGAUGAUUAUUUUUUCCUUUUUUUGGACUAUUGGCACAGUCUUGGAAGCUUCACUUGCAUGGAUUGUCGUAUCAACAUUGACUUGGAGGUGGUUGCUAGCAUUGACUGCCAUCCCUUGCUUUCUCUUGCUCCCUUUCUUUGGAAUUACACCUGAAUCGCCACGCUAUCUGUGUGCGCAAAAUAGAAUAUCUGAUGCAACACUUGUCCUGGAGAGAAUCGCCGAGACAAACCAAGCAACUCUUCCUCCUGGAGUUCUCGUAUACCCUCGAGACGGUGAAGUUGAUCAUAGUACUCUUACCUCUGAGGCAGAUCAUCUUCUUCCACUCAGAGAGAAGGACUGCACAGAUGAUGAUGUCAUAAGCCCCAAAUCUGGUAGUGCUGCUGCAUUGCGCAGUCUACUGUCACGGAAAUUGCGUAGAUCAACUCUUCUACUUUGGUUUGUUUUCUACGCAAAUUCCUUUGCUUAUUAUGGACUAGUCUUGCUGACCGCGCAACUGAGCAAUGCAAAUAGAAGCUGCGCAUCUGGGCUGAAAUAUGUGAAGAGUGAAACAGAUGCCAGCCUUUACAAAGAUACAUUUGUCACUAGUCUUGCAGAGAUUCCGGGUCUAAUUGCAUCUGCUCUUCUUGUUGAAUGGUUUGGCCGAAAAGCUACAAUGUGGUGCUUGCUCUUCACAUGCUGUGGUUUCCUUGGCCCACUUGUGUUUUAUCAGAGUGAGCUAUGGACAACUGGCCUUCUAUUUGGUGCUCGUGCUUGUGCCAUGGGUAGCUACACAGUUGUAUGUUUAUAUGCCCCAGAGGGGGUAUCUUUAGACAGGACCUAUGCAAGGCCUUUUUGUAUCUAUGAUCUCCACAUCAAGCUCUUGCAAAGCGAUGGACUUCUCUAAGACAGAAGAGAAGCAAGCAACCGACUGAUAUAAGCACGGUCACAAGAAUAUUUUACUUGCUAGAGCAUCCACUUAUUAGUGUCAUUGAUUUGCAUUUGUUAAUUUUGUGUUUGUUAUUGGGUUUACAAGGUGUUCACCACAUAAUUUUGUGCUUCGAAAUUUCUUGAGGACCCUAGCAUCGUGUAGGUUUACAUUGGUUUAUAGGUAAUCCAAUGCAGUGAUAAAGGAUUCUCCUUUCAUCAUUGUUGUACUUGUCCUACUUAUUUAAAUCAUAAAUUAAAUCUGUUAACUACUGUCCAGUCAGAGUGUACCCAGGAUGUAAACAAACGGACAUCCUGCUUCAUAGAUAACUUGGCUAAAUGAAGUCUACCGAUUCUGAUCCAUUUUCCUGAUGAAAAACCAACUUAGUUGUGGCAUGUGGUAUUCCCCGUCUUAGGGUCUUGUUUAUACUCUUAGCUGGGAACACUUAGAAUGAUACAUAGUUAUUGCAGCAUUUUACCCAAAACAGUCUUGUAGAGCAGUUGUCAAUAGAUAUUUCGCUGAAGGAGUUUUGUUUUCCUACGAACUAACUUAUUCUCUUGUCCUUCUAGGUAUACCCGACGUCGGUGCGCUCGACCGGGGUUGGAAUCGCGACUGCCAUGGGCAGAGUUGGUGGAAUUAUUUGCCCCCUUGUAGCCGUUGGAAUGCUGAGAAGCUGCCAUCAGAUGGAAGCCAUCAUUGUGUUUGAGGU